CAAGCUCCAGACCUACUUACUCAUCCACCAAUCAUCAGUUCAUCACAGCACGAACGACAUGGCUGCUGCUCCGGUGGUUGUGCCGCGCAUGAAGCUGGGCUCGCAGGGGCUGGAGGUCUCGGCGCAGGGCCUCGGCUGCAUGGGCAUGUCCGCGGCCUACGGCGAGCGCAAGCCCGACCAGGACAUGAUCGCGCUCCUCCGCCACGCCGUCGCCGCCGGCGUCACCUUCCUCGACACCUCCGACAUCUACGGCCCCCACACCAACGAGCUCUUACUCGGCAAGGCGCUGCAGGGAGGGGUGAGGGAGCAGGUCCAAUUGGCCACGAAAUUUGGCAUCACGGCCACCUGGGAGGUCCACGGCGACCCGGCCUACGUGCGGGCGGCGUGCGAGGGCAGCCUCGCCCGGCUCGGCGUCGACUGCAUCGACCUCUACUACCAGCACCGCAUCGACAAGAAUGUCCCCGUGGAGAUCACGAUGGGUGAGAUCAAGAAGUUAGUCCAAGAAGGAAAAGUGAAAUACGUCGGGUUGUCGGAGGCCUCGGCGUCGACAAUAAGAAGGGCACACGCAGUUCAUCCCAUCACCGCCGUUCAGCUGGAGUGGUCUUUGUGGUCAAGAGAUGUCGAAGAAGAUAUAAUCCCAACUUGCAGAGAACUUGGCAUUGGAAUUGUAGCUUACAGUCCACUAGGCAGAGGUUUUCUAUCCAGUGGACCUAAACUAGUGGACACAUUACCAGAAGACGAUUUCCGCAAGAAUCUCCCAAGAUUUCAACCCGAGAACAUGAAGAAGAAUGCAGAGAUAUUCGAGCGCGUGAGCGAGAUGGCUGCGAGGAAGGGUUGCACGUCGUCUCAGCUCGCGCUGGCUUGGGUUCACCACCAGGGAAGCGAUGUGUGCCCCAUACCCGGCACGACGAAAGUUGAGAAUUUCAACCAGAACCUGAGAGCAUUGUCUGUUGAGCUCACGGCUGAGGAGAUGGCUGAGCUCGAGUCCUACGCUGCCAUGGAUGCGGUCCAAGGUGAUCGGUACCACAACACGUUCCUCAACACCUGGAAGGACUCCGAGACCCCUUCCCUGUCAUCCUGGAAAGCCACUUAGUUGGGUAUCAUGGGAAUCAAUCACUAUGCUGAUGCUUCGUAUCACUGGUUUGAAAUAGUUGCAAAUCAAAUAAUUUCACGAGCACUCCGUGCAUGGAUGGAAUCAUGGAACCACCAAUUGUUUACUAAUGUAGCACAAUUCCUGCCCAUGAGUGUUGAACUUUUUAUUAUGCCUGCAAGGAAGUAUCCCCCAAGUGUUGAACUUUUUGGCAGGGCUACAAAGGCCCUUUUGUAACACAUUUUCGUCCGGAAAACCAUUUAGAAUUCCCAACCUCA